AUGGAUAGUCAUAGCGUGACUGACACAGGCUGUGCUGGUUGGACAUUGGCGACGGGUGGCUGGAGGCUAACGGGCAACGUCACUUUGAUUUGCCAGACAAAUGCCUCAAAGUUCAUUAACCUGCAGGCUAUAAACUCGGGUAUAUUCGAGUAUUUUGCCCUUCGCCAAAUGUUGCAAAUUGUGCGCCAAUUGGCCGCCAACGAUUGA